GAAAUCGUAAUUAAGCCGCUGGCUAGACUACUUAUUUGCAGUGGACGUAUAUGACAAGUAUGCUAUGCAAAGCAUUUGUUAUUGUUUUCUCCCCCCAAAUAUGAUUUGGAAGCGUCCAUUGACAAUCGAGUUGCUGGACAGUCCGAGGUGUCACAUCUCAACAGCGGAAUGAGGUGGUGGUGUGACUGAUAUGCGUAUGAUGGAGUUCACAUUAUGCAGAAUUAUUCAAAAGUGAAACUUUCAUCAGUUUUCUGUAGCCUAUGAACGUGACCUUAUCGCGCAUUCAUGUAUUGGACUAACGGCAACAGGUUUAUUGCUUUCGAAGGCUCCGUUAGUCUACUUAAUCUAUUUCGUUUUUCUUCUUUACGCAACAAAUGACGAGUUUAACCAACUGUUUGGUUCUUUAUAAAAAGUAGACUAUCUUACCUGGAACGUAACUCGCAGCAAGACAAUUAUUGGACACGGCUUGGGAUGCAACGCGGAUAACGGGAAUCGAAGAUCCACCAGGUCAUCCGAGCAGAGGCAGAAAGGGACCUGACCGGUGUCACAGGAGAGAGAGAGAGAGAGAGAGAGAGAGAGAGAGAGAGAGAGAGAGAGAGAGAGAGAGAGAGAGAGAGAGAGAGAGAGAGAGAGAGAAAGACCAAGAGACACGAGACACAGAAGGAAGGAGGACACAGGAGAAGGCCUAGGCGGGUCUCUCUCACCCCGAGCACAAGCGAGAGAGCGUUGCUGCCGCAGCAUGGGCAAGCAGAACAGCAAGCUGCGUCCGGAGGUGCUGAACGACCUGCGCGAGAACACAGAGUUCAGCGACCAGGAGCUGCAGGAGUGGUACCGGGGCUUCCUGAAGGACUGCCCCACGGGCCACCUGACGGUGGAGGAGUUCAAGAAGAUCUACGCCAACUUCUUCCCCUACGGCGACGCCUCCAAGUUCGCCGAGCACGUCUUCCGCACCUUCGACACCAACGGCGACGCCACCAUCGACUUCCGGGAGUUCAUCAUCGCGCUGAGCGUGACCUCGCGCGGCGGCCUGGAGCAGAAGCUGCGCUGGGCCUUCAGCAUGUACGACCUGGACGGCAACGGCUACAUCAGCCGUGACGAGAUGCUGGAGAUCGUGCAGGCGAUUUACAAGAUGGUGUCAUCGGUCAUGAAAAUGCCAGAGGAUGAGUCCACCCCAGAGAAACGGACCGAUAAGAUCUUCAGACAGAUGGACACCGAUAAUGAUGGUCGCCUCUCCCUGGAGGAGUUCAUCAAGGGAGCCAAGAGCGACCCCUCCAUCGUGCGCCUCCUGCAGUCCGACCAGAGCACCUCCCGCCAGUUCUGAGCUCCUCCGUCAAAUCCAGCUCUCUCUCUCUCUCUCUACACACGCACGUGCACGCACACACGCACACACACAGGUUGAGGUUUCCAUAGGAAACACUCCACAGCCACGGUGAGGUUUCCAUAGAGACUGGACACACACACACACACACACACACACACACACACACACACACACACACACACACACACACACACACACACACACACACACACACACACACUACUGUUGCCACCUGUCCCAGUUUUCUUUGAUUGUCCCAGUUUUUAAUGGUCUUUACCAGGGAAAGUAUAUAUAUUUUUUCCAGACACUCAAUGAAGGGAGCCAUUGUUUACAAGCAAAAGGGUCAAUUAUACUAGUUAUACUAGUAUACGGAAAUGUCUAGUUUUUUGUGAUACAGAGGUGGCACACACAGACACAGACACAGACACACAGACACAGACACACACACACACACACUCCAACUUGCAAGGUAACGCUCCACUGAAAAGCGCUAACCUUAUCGCACUCUCUGCGCUCGCUGCAUCUUUCCAGGGGUGAGUUUCUCAAAAGGGAAGUUGUUAGCCUGUUAGCAACUUCGGUAGUUGCCAAUUGGAAAAUGCAUUGAAAGCAACGAAGUAGCUAAUGUAGUAAGCAACUUUGGUUUCAAGAAAUUCACCCCAGACUUGCUAAUAACCCCACUGCACCCACGAACACUCUCCUCCACCUCCCUCUCAUCUCUCCCUCACCAUCUAGCCAACUCCUUCAUCCUUUUCUUGUGUUCUCCACAUCAAAGACACACAGCUCACACCGCCUUCUGAAAAGUAACCCUAGAGAAAUGGAAUAAGAAGUCAUGUUUAAAGAUGGAUCCAUGAUGUGUGUGAGAGUGAAAGACAGAGGAAGAACAAAAAGGAUGACUAGACCAGGGGCGUGCACGUGGGAGCAUGUGAAGUGCACAAGCAAAACUUCUUUUGCUGUUAUUUAUUUUAAAAAGCUUGUACAUUCAUUAUAUUAUUGCAAGUAGUGCAUGUGCACUAUUUUGUGCACAUUCUGUAGAUUACUCUGUAUGCUAAACUUGAGCUAAAUUCCAAGGAAGGUUUUUUUUUUGGUGAAACUCAUACCGGGGCACAGCAAAUCAAUACCCAGGCACGUGCCCCUGUGAAAUAGGUCUGGCAACGCCCCUGGGCUAGACAGUCAGCCCUUCACUAAAAUCCAUCUUCAAUUCUACAUUCAGUAUCUUCAUCCUUAUUUAUCGUCACUCCUUUCUAUCCCUCUGCUCCAGCCUACAUUACUUUUCACCGAACAACCCACGGCCAUUUAAACCCUCUCUCAAAGGUUUGCUCUCACCGGUCCAUACUCCGUAAUCGUACCUGUCCUACUCCAAGUACCUCAUCCUUCCCAUCAAAUGAGCACUCUGAACCCACCCCAGGGUUUUACAUAUCUGGGCACUCCACUUUACAUUCCUGUCCCCAUCUCCCUCACUCACCAUUCACCACCUCACUCUUCUCAUAUAUGCUGCUUCUGUGAGUCUGGAGUCUUCUGCAUGCUGUAUCUCAUCUCAUCAGACUUUUCUUGGAGUUUUGUUGAGCUAUCCCCGUCAGUGAUGAAGAAGAGAGAAGAGUUGUAUCUCUCUCUCUCUCGCUCGGUCGCCAUCUUUGUUGCUGUGGUGAAGUGGGUUCUCAAGGGCACUUUGCGGAGGUGCUGCCAGCCAGGCUUCUUCAGGAUCAGUGCUGGGUUGGUGCCGUGCCAGGGUCCUUCCUGAGUUGAUGCCAGGCGGUGCUGUACCUCCCUGCUGGAGGCAGAGGAGACGGAUGGUGGGCCACCUUUGGAUCAGGGCUGGGUUGCUGCCAGUGGUGUGGAUCGGCACUGCCCUCACGAUCCGAUUCGAUCACGAUUCGGGAUGUAGCGAUUCGAUUCGAUUCGAUUCGAUUCGAUGCGAUCCGAUCCGAUUCAAUUCUACAGUGCAUUGCAAUGCAUUACAUUUCUACUGAAAGCAAAGCAAAUGUUUAAUCAGUCAUGAUGAGGCAAUACAAGUAGUCAGAUACUGAGCAACGAUUUAUUGGCUGUUUGCUGUAUCAGUCUGUAUCAGUCUUGCAAUGUUUUGAAGUGCUUUUAUUUAAUUUAACAUUCAUUUGCUACCGAAAUAUCCAUGGAAGUAACUGAAUAUUAAAAAAAUUGCCGGAUCGAUUCUGGAACUUGCCGGAUCGAUUCUGGAUCGUCCAUGCCCCGCAUUGGAUUGGAUCGCCGGAUCGAUCAUUGUUGACACCACUAGUUGCUGCCAGACUUGUUACUGGUGUGUGCCAGGACCAGCUGUUCUCUGGAGUGGGCAGAAUGUGGAAAUCUUCAGGCUUUAGGGACUAGAGAGAGGGGUUCCAUGCCAUUGGUCUGACAGCCCCUUAGUUCAAAGUCCUGCUGUGGUCCUCUUUUCUGCAUCCUGAUGCGACAGUGCUUUUCUGCUAGUUCACCAUUGCCUCUUUUCCACUGCUGGUUUUCUGGUAGGCCUACAGCUCGACAAAGAAAACCAGCGGUGAAAAAGAGGCACAUGUGGGCUCGAAGCUCGAACCUGAAAAUUUCUAAUCACAGCAACAGUUUGGCAUGGAAGCACAGGUACUGUACUGUACCGAGCUUUCAGGGGGGGGAGGUUAAUGUUGUACCGCCAAACUCUGCUAGUUGGCAUCCAUUACACUAACAAACUAGUGACUACACGGGUGUUGCAAUCAAGGUCUUCAGUUUUCAACAGUCAAGAAAUGCUAGAUAGGCUGGUGGUAGCCAGGCCGUGCCCCCCCUAGUGACGCAACACCUUUGGAGUUGCUUCUAGUCAGGCCAAGAGCAAUAGAAUAUCAUUUCUAAUCUCCCGGAAAAUCAGGAACUUCUCACACUUUGUUGGGAAGCAAACAACUAAUUAGCAAACCAGGGGGGGGGG